AUGGGAGAAUCUAACAGUAGAGCUACUAAAAAGGCAAUAAGGGGAAAUGAUGCAUCAAAGAAGCAAGUUUUUGCUCCACUAAGCUUACUGGAAGAUUUUUUCUUGGUAACUCUCACUGUAAGAGAAACCAUAGCAUACUCAGCUCACGUGAAGCUUUCAAAAAUGAACAAAGAAGAGAUGGAUAAUGUUUGUUGAGAAAACACAAUAAUAGAAAUGGGUCUUGAAGAUUGUGCAAAUACAAAAAUUUGGAAAUUGGGCAUAUGAGAGGGUAUAAGCACAGGUGAAAAGAAAAGAUAAGUAUUAGCAUUGAAAUUUUUAACACAACACAUACUUGUUCUGGAUGAGCCUACUAGUGGGUUAGAUGGUGCUUCUGCUUUCUUUGUUGUUCAAGCUCUAACCAAACAUUGCUAAUGACGCGAAAAUAGUUUAAUUUGCUCUAUUCACCACCUUAGUAAUUGAUAUCUUUGACAUGUUUUGAUGAAUUUGCUCCUCCUUUCAAGUGGGAGAAAUGUUUAUUUUGGAGAAGCAAAAAUGGCUUUGGAAAGUUUUUUGCAGAUGCUUGGGUUCCCUUGUCCUUCAAAAAGAAGCCCUUCUGAUCACUUUUCUUCGGUUGUAUUAGUUUUUGGAUUUGACCUCGAAACUUGA